AUGUCGGCUGAAGAACAUGAUCGCGCGAAGCUGCACCAAGUCGAAGGAAGCUUGGUGGAAUCAAGCGAGCAGUGUAGACUUGAAGCUAAAAUCACCCCAGCAACAAUGGCAGCUCUCGACAUGUCUCUCGUCGCCCGCGGCCAAGCCGAAGUCGUCCACCUCAUGAAGCGCAAGAAGAACUGGGCUGCUAGAGAACCCGGUGUUAUCCUCGUGUUCUGCAUCAUUGGAACCCUCGCGAUCCUUCUCACUGGCUUGUUUGUUCAGAAGAAGCUCCAAGCACGCAAGGCUGCCCGUGAGACCUAAAGAGAUACCCAAGUUGGAGUAGGAGGGAGGGAGGCCGAUAUAUUGAAGCUGGGAGGGCCUAUAUGGAGCAAGGUGAAAGGAGGGUGGGAGCUGAAGAGGCAAUUCGUGGACGAAGCUCGAGAACGAGCAGAGGGAAUGUCACUUCUUGUGCUCGUUUUUGGGCAAAACAGUCACCGUAUCCUGCUCGAGGAAGCGUUGAUAUCCCCUGCUUUGUAUACUGCGUUUUCACAAGCGGUUGCCGUUCGCCGCCAAUAAUACUGUUAUCCCUAG